CUAGGGAAUUUGCAUGUAUAGUAAGGUUUUACAUUAGCUAGUGUAUUUUUAACCAAAAAAAAUAAAAAAUAAAAAGAAUGCGUACGACGUCGCUUCAGCGAUGUGGGUUAAUAAGCUUUGAUAAACCCCGUUAAACCCUUGUGACUGGGACUGGGAGAAAGGGUUGCAGACUAAAAUAGAACUCCAAACCCCCCUUGUUGGAAUCAGCGUAUGGCAAUGGGAAGACUUUGAUGAAAAGAGGAUCAUAAUUCCUAUAGGUAAUCGUUAUUCGUGCACUCCUCAAUCUUCAUUGGUCUUGUAGCCCCAUACAAUUUUCAAGUUUCCGUGCAGAUUUCGGUGCAUCGUAGGUGUAUGUUAGAAUGCUUAUUUGUGUUUUUUCGAAUUUAGCCGCAAUUCCGCUCUUAUUGCUGAGAUUUAUUAGUUCCUCUCAUGAUCUCAUUCACAAAUGUGGGAGCAGUUUCACAUUUCAGUAAUCAGCGGCCUUAAUAUGUGCUCUUGUUAUACAGGCUGGUCUUCGGGUUGGUGCUAGUUAUUGCGUUCUAAGAAACGGCCGUCUUGUGUCUUUGUGGGUUUUGGAUUUUGAGAUAAGUAACUAAAUUUACCAACCAUGGGUCUGGGUAGAAGUUUGCAGGGUGAUAAGCAAGAAAACGGGUUAAAACUUGCACUUCAAACUGAUGGCGGUUGGAGAGCUUCAGCUUCAAAGAAAAGGGGAGGCCGAACAAGUCAAAGGUUAGAAAGUGGAGGGAAUGGCAAUGCUAGUGUUUCUCGUGCUGGUGAGAGUAAAGGGUUGAAGAAAUACAGGUCGCUUGGGGAAAGGGAUGGCAAAACGUGGAACAACGGACAAAAGAAAGAGUCAUUGAAUUUUGGUAAGAGAAGGAAAACAACAAGGUCAAAUGAAGAAAGAAAUUUUGAUGGCAAUGGUGGGAAACUACGAAGUAAGUCGGUUUCUAGAACUAGGCAAGAUAAGCGUGGAGAUAGCACUCGUGAAGAAAGGCAGACAACGAAUGAGAAACCAUCCAAGUUUGAACAAUCAAGCCAUUAUGUGUCAUUGGCUGAAAGAAAGAGUUACAAAAAGCGGAGAGAGGUUUCUGACAAGAAAAAUUCAGGAGCCAAUGUGACGACUGAAUCUGUAAAUGAUGAAGUUAGAAAUAAUAAGCUGAAGAAAAUUUCUAAAAGUAAAUCUGAACUAAUUAAGCAAUCAGAGCAAGAGCGAGUCACUGUUCUUUCAGGAAGGUCUUCAAAGAAGGUUUAUAAUAAGAAAGCUGACACUGACGAGUCCGAAGAAAUGGAUAAACAGCCAGAGAAGAAGAGGCGCCGGAUUAGGAUAGAUCCAUAUGAUACAUCAAACAAGAGGCUUGAUGAUGGAAUGGCCAAUAACGAUAUUGUUCAAAAGAAGGAAGAAGAUUCAAAAGGUGAUGAGGUUAAAUUGUCACAUAAUGCACAGUUUCGAGCAAUAGUUCCUAGCCCCUCUAUCCUGUCCUUUGUUGAAGAUAAUUUAUUGGGCCGUAGACGAGAAAUCGAAUUUCGGAGGGCUGGCUACAACAUCGAGCUUUCUGCCCCAUUAGAUAAUAUUCCGCAUUCAUCAAGCUCAGAAAGGGAGAGGAUUGAAGAAGCGGUAUUUAGGAAUAAAUUGACAUUUUUUGCUGCUGCCAAGAUUUCAUCAUCAUUUCCACCACCUGAGCUUCCAGAGAUAGCAUUUGCAGGAAGAUCAAAUGUAGGCAAGUCAUCUCUACUCAACGCACUAACCAGACAGUGGGGCGUGGUGCGGACAUCUGACAAACCUGGCCUGACACAGACUAUAAACUUUUUCAAGCUUGCCUCAAAGCUGUGCUUAGUUGAUUUGCCUGGAUAUGGAUUUGCUUAUGCCAAAGAAGAUGUCAAAGAAGCUUGGGAAGAGCUUGUGAAAGAGUAUGUGUCAACGCGUUUUGGCCUAAAGAGAGUGUGUCUUCUGGUUGAUACAAAAUGGGGUAUGAAGCCCAGGGAUCAUGAACUUAUUGACUUGAUGGAAAGGUCACAAACCAAGUAUCAAAUUGUUUUAACAAAGACGGAUAUAGUUUUCCCAAUUGAUGUAGCACGGCGGGCAAUGCAAAUUGAAGAGAAACUCAAGGGGAAGAAGUCUGCAGUCCAACCAGUGAUGAUGGUAAGCUCAAAAACUGGAGCUGGUAUCCGAAGUUUAAGAACAGUACUGACUAAGAUUGCCCGCUAUGUGAAACCAUAAGAGCCGACUGACAAAGCUUCGUCUAUUCGGAUCCAAGAGCCUACAUUUGGAUGCAAAUUGUGUAUGUUGCACAACCACGACAUGUUGAGAACCGGAUGCAGGCUGUUGAAGAUUCUCUAUGAUAGAUAUUGUUUCUUUUUUUUUUUUUUUUUUUGUUAAAAGAUAGAUAUUGUUUCAAGCUAGGAAAAAUCUCAAGAAUUGAGGGUUUAUUUUGCUUCACAACCCGUGAAGUUCCAGCUGGGAUGCCAGGCAGGUAACAAUGUGGUGGUAGAGUUGACUCUUCAAGUUAUGAGGAUUGAGGAAUAUUUCCCCCCGGUUAUGUACAGUUUUACUUUCAUUCUUCAUUGAUUUCAACUUGAAAGUUUGCCAAUGAAUUUAAAUCUUACACUGUUAAAACUUGCCCUCCUUUUCAGUUUUCCUCUCAACUCCAUUUGUAUACGCUCCUGGGAUAGGCAUAUAUGGUCAGUAGUUAUUGAGUCUAAUUUUAGAGAAUUGUUCAGUGUUGAUAGGUGGUUUACAUUGUUGAAUAUCCUGCCAAAUCCUGUGUAACUUAAUGGUUGCGUUGUGCUCGUAUUUGGUCUGUAAUGGAAAAACACACAGCAAUACCUGCUGGCUGCUUGCUAUUGUUUGAAAU